AUGUCGGGCAGCGGGGAAGCGCAUGAAGGGGACACCAGAAAUGGAAAGCAGACAUGUGUGUCCGGAGACCAUGGCUGCCAGGCGAGGGUAGAGGAGGAGGACGGCUUCUCAGACAUCAGUGACUCCGAGCUUCUCAGUCUGCAGGAAGCGGCGGAGAGCUGUGAUGCAUAUGUAGCAGACGGAGAGGGUUUGGAAACAGUAGAAGAAAUUACAAGCCCUCCAACAAGUAAUGUAGAUGUGAAUACACCAACUAAAGGUCAGCUCCACAGUAGUCCAGGAUUAAGCUGCAAUGAAAUACCUGGUUCAUCACAGAUAACGCCAAGGAAGAGGAAACAGGAAUCACUGACUCCACUGCAGAAAUAUCAUAUGAGUCACUUGGCUGUGACAGAUAUUUGCUCCCAGAUGUGGUGUGAACAACAGAUGGUGUACAAAAUUGAGCAGCCACUAGCCACCGACCAAGAAAGACUGCCGCAAUGAAUGAAGGAUCCAGUAUACAUUUGGCUAGAGAGUUGGAGUUGCAUGAUGUUGUAUCGGUGACCACAAAGACUCGUGAAGACAUCUGGGCAAUAAAAUGUCUCAACAUUUUAGCAAUGAUUCCAGUUUUACAGUCUGGUAAGUUAAUUAAAUUAUACGGGUUACUUUGUAA